UUAUUUUAAAGUAAAAAUCUUAUUUAAUUCGGUCUUGUUAAAACCAGUUUCAGUUUAUUUAAUUCUAACUGAAUAAAUACUUUUAAUACAGAGUAAGUAUACAGUUUUGUAUUCGACUAGUUUCAAAGAAACAUGAAUAAAUACGGCAAGCACGUUAAUACUAUUUACGAGCACACCAGAAAUUCGCUAUUUUUCGACAACAAGUCUCUACCUGCACUGAAUCUCCAAGCUCGAAAUAUAAGCAAAAAGACUGACUUGAAAGAUAUUCGUCCGAAUUCCACUAAAAAAGUAUUUCUACCGAAUCCAAACAAACGUUCGAAAAAUACGAAAGCGAAACCUCCUGUCCCGAGCUCCGUAAAAACGAUCGGCCCGCGAACUAAUCAUUUCAACAUACAAAUGCUAUCGAAAGCCAUCUACGAACAAGUGUUUAUCGAAGGCCACGAGACCACUGGGAAUCCUGCAAUAUUGGAACAAUGCAAACGGGAACUAUCGAAACACAACAUGAACAGCAGCGAAAAGGACUUUCAACGAGACGUCGAUUACGAACUACCGCCGUUGAAAGGGAAAAAUAUCGUCGAACAUUUCCAAAUCAUCGGCGAAGAACAAGUAAAGCCAUAUAGAAGUUUAGUAUUAAACUUGCUAGAGCACGAACCUCCGCCUCCGACUUAUUGGCUAAUGCAGCCAGGUUGGACAAGAUACGCUCCUGGAAGUCAACCCGAAAUCGUCCCGUAUCCCCGUGAGGAAGCACUUGUCUUCGAUGUCGAGGUGUGCAUGAAAGCGGGAAAAGCUCCUACCUUAGCUACAGCUGUUAGUAGCGAAGCUUGGUACAGUUGGGUAAGCCCUUCCGUCUUAGAAGGUAUUUGUAAACCCGUUACCACACAUCAAUAUUCAUUAUCCUCUUUGAUACCUUUGGAAAGUAAUGAUAAGGAGACCGGAAUUAAAUUGAGCGAAUAUCAAAGGAAACCUAAAGUUAUUAUUGGUCACAAUGUGUCUUACGAUCGAUCGAAAAUUAAAGAGCAAUAUUGGCUAAACAGAACAGGCACCAGAUUUAUCGAUACUAUGAGUUUACAUAUUUGCGUAAGCGGACUAACUAGUUACCAAAGAUUAGCUUUAAAAUCAGAAAAAAACUCUGAAUUGGAUGUUGAUUGGAAACAAUACAGCUCAUUAAAUAAUCUGGUCGAUGUUUAUAAAUUAUAUUGCGGUAAAACUCUCAAAAAAGAAACUAGAAAUUUAUUCGUCGAAGGAUCUAUGAUAGAUAUCAGAGAUAACUUUCAAACGGUUAUGAAUUAUUGUUGUAACGAUGUUAUUGCUACUUACGAAGUUUUGAAGAGCCUUUUCCCGUUAUUUUCCGAGAGGUUUCCUCAUCCGGUAACUUUAGCCGGAAUGCUCGAACUCAGUACCGCUUAUUUACCAAUAAAUUCGAACUGGCCUAGAUACAUUGAAGAAUCUGAGCAAGCCUACGAAGAUUAUGAGAAUACCGGUAAAAUCCUUCUUGUUCAAAGAGCAAAUCAAGCUUGUAAUCUCUUACACGACGAAAAAUACAAAGAAGAUUUAUGGAUGUGGGACCAAGACUGGAACAUUAAGGAUAUUAAAAUGAAAAGUUUGAUCAGAAAGUCUAAAACUAACAGCGAUAAUGAAUGUAUAAAAAACGAUGAUGAAGAUAUCGAAGAUACCGAAGAUCGAGGAGGAGAAGAAGAAAGGGAUCAUCUCGAAGAGAAAUUUGAAUAUUUAUGGAAGACCAAAGAGCGUUUACCUUCCGUUAAAACCUUGCUACCUGGUUAUCCAGGCUGGUACAGGAAAUUGUGCACUAAACCCGAUUCGAGCCCCAAUUGGGUCCCAGGACCAUCUUUAAUAAGCACCUCAAUGCAAAUCACACCGAAAUUAUUGUCGUUAACGUGGGAGGGUUAUCCAUUACACUACCUUAGAGAAAUGGGCUGGGGAUUUCUAGUUCCCUUUUCCGACGAUUUGGAAGUCGCCACUAAAAUUCCACUAAAACGAUUACUCGAAAAAUGUCCGAUGUUAAUCACGAAACUCGGCGGAGAUCAACGAGAAGCCCUUUCGAAUCUGAGCAAAACGGUCGAAGAAAAUCUAUCGAAACGGGAAUAUUACGCGAGUCUAAAACGAGAUCGAACGUCCGGAUUGUACAGGGGUUCGGGAAUUUGGUGCGACACCGAAUUAGAUAAUUGUUGUUAUUUUAUGAAGCUUCCUCACAAAGACGGUCCGUCCCGCAACGUCGGCAAUCCAUUGGCUAAAGAUUUCCUCAACAAAUUCUCGGAGAACGUUCUCGCAGGGGACACGGAAAGCGCCGAAAAAGUACUCGAAAUAGCGAAAAAACUCUCCUAUUGGAGGAACAACAGAAACAGGAUACUCGAUCAGAUGGUCGUGUGGCUGGACGAGGAAUGUCUACCGAAAAAUUUACGCGACAAAGACGUCUGGCUGGGCGCUAUCGUACCGCAAGUGGUCGUUUGCGGUACUCUAACCCGUCGAGCCGUCGAACCGACAUGGAUGACAGCUUCGAAUGCUCAAUCGGAGAGAAUCGGAUCGGAAUUAAGAGCGAUGAUUCAAGCGCCUGACGGUUACAACAUCGUUGGGGCCGAUGUCGAUUCGCAGGAACUUUGGAUAGCAUCGGUGAUUGGAGACGCCGAUCGGGCGUACUCUCACGGGGCAACCCCAUUGGGUUGGAUGACGCUUAGCGGUAAUAAAUCAACCGGUACUGAUAUGCACAGCGUAACGGCCAAAGCCGUUGGAAUAAGUAGAGAUCACGCCAAAGUGAUAAAUUACGCUAGGAUAUACGGAGCUGGACAGAAUUUCGCCGAGCAAUUGCUCAAACAAUUCAAUCCAUCGAUGAGCGAAGGCGAGGCGAGAAGUAAAGCUUUGAAGAUGUUUAGUUUGACGAAAGGGAAGAAAACGUACUAUUUAAAAUCGGAUUUCGUCGGUGAUCUCGUCGAUAAACCAUACACGAAAUGGGAGGCUUUUAAAUUGGCCAAAUUGUACGGUAAAAACGUCAACGAUUUAUUCGAUAGAUCCAAUUGGGAAGGAGGAACCGAAUCGGCUAUGUUUAAUAAAUUAGAAGAAAUCGCCAACAGUACGAAUCCGACGACUCCAUUUCUCGGAUGUCGAUUAAGCAGAGCUUUAGAACCGAAAUCUAAAGAAGAUAAAUUCCUUCCGACUAGAGUUAAUUGGGUAGUUCAAAGCGGAGCUGUCGAUUUUUUACACUUAAUGUUAGUAUGCAUGAGAUGGAUAAUGGACGAUAAAAUUCGAUUUUGUCUGAGUUUUCACGACGAAGUAAGGUAUUUGGUACCCGAAGAACAUAAAUAUCGGGCGGCUCUCGCAUUGCACACGACAAAUCUAUUAACUAGAUCGUUUUGCUCGUACAGACUCGGCAUAAAAGAUUUACCGCAAUCCGUGGCGUUUUUCUCUUCCGUUGAAAUCGAUCGAGUAUUAAGAAAGGAGUCGAAACAAGAUUGUGUAACACCGUCGAAUCCGCACGGAUUGUUCAAAGGUUACGGCAUUUCGAACGGGGAGGCUUUAAAUAUUUACGAAGCGAUAGAAAAAGCUUGUGGUAAUUUAACUUGUUGGUAUGAAACAAAACAUUUAAAAAGAAAAAAGUGAUUACUCUGGUGUGUAAUUAUAAAUUUUACAAAUACAUUUAUGUUUUUCUAUUAAUUAUUAUUAUUAUUAUGUAUUUUAUUUUCUGGAUUUAUUCAUACUUAUUAUUCUGGGUUGUCUGCGUUUUCAUCAGCUUGUCUCAAUAAUCUACUGUUAGCUCGGUUAAUAUCUUUGAAAAGGGCUUUGUGAUCGAAAUUUCUAAAUUCGUUUUUGUCACCUAGAGCCGCUUGGGCUGGUAAUAUUUCAUUUCCUUGCCAUACCAAACCGUUUUUGAAAUGGGUCAAAACGAAUUCGGAUAAUUCCUCCAAUGUUUGAGUCCAUGCCUCCAACCAACCCGAGUAUUUCUCCGCUAUAUUACUGAAUCGAUACUUACUCUUGUAAGCUAUGAUGAGAUCGCUGAAUCUGCUUAUGAACGUUUCCAAAUCGGUUUCCUUCGUCCAACAAUAAAUCUCAAUCGAAUCGCUAACGAAUUGUAAAUAAUGACAAUCCGCCGAUUUUUCGAUGGCGUGGUUUUUAAUUAUGUUUAUUUGCUUUGAUAUCGGCUCCAAGAAGAUGUCCUCUUCUUGAGAAUGUACCGGUUUUUUGUACUUUUGCAGGAUCUGCAUCAGGUUGAUUUCUAAUUUAAAUAAACAAUUUACCAAUUGGCUUUGGUCUUUUACGAGCCCACCGAGGCUGUUUGAAGCUGUUAGAUAAUCGGAAAAUGGUCCAACGUAUAUUUCUCUUAGACAAUCUGACACAUUCAUAAUUUUGAUUGUCUAAAUUAUUAUAUACUUUUUUUUUUUGUUGGGGUUUGUAUGUAUAUGUAUCUAUUUCCGGUGCCGGUUUAAGGUAGGGUAGGCUUAAUAAAGCCCUAACGUGAAUGUAUCGGCUGCCAUGUAUCAUCAUUGGUUCUAUUUAUAAGUAUUUUAUUCCUUAAGAAUCCUCUGUAUAAUUUUCAUAGAGGGUGGUCUAACUCAAAUAUAAAACUUUAAUAUUCCACAUAUCGCGAGCGACUUCUUACAAGAAACUUUACAAUCAAUUUUAAAAAUUGUCUCUUUAUUUAAUUUACAGCAAUGUCGCGGGCUAACAAGAGAA